AUGAAGUUGGAAUACCAAGUAGAACUGCCAGAUCAUGAUUGGGUUGUUGCUGAAAGGCAUAAACUGAUCUCUUCAGAUUAUGCAGUAUUAGAUGAACAAGAAGAUAAAUAUGAACAAGCUGAAGCAAUAACGUACUCAGCUAAGGAGAAAUUACACAACUUUACUAUAAUGGAUAGCCAGCCUAAACCCAUGGUGGUAAUGAUAAGUGAUGGUAAACCCAAUGAGAAUCCAUGCUAUAGAAAAACAGUUCAGAUGAUAGUAAAUCACUUUAUUAAGUAUAAUCUUGAUACUAUCAUCAUGGCAUGCUAUACACCACACCAGAGUAUAUCCAAUUCACUAAAGACAAGUAAUGAGGAAUUGGAAAAACACAAUUUCAAAUAUAUAGAACCUUUUGAAGAAUCCCACUGCUUAAAUAAAAAAUCAGCAGCUUGGAUAGAAAAACAUGUAAUAACUUGUCGUUAUAUGACUCAAGUCAUAAAGUGUGAUGAUCCAAGCUGCUAUAAACCUUUUCGUAGCAAAAUUAAACAGGUCCUUCCAAAUCACUUUUUCCUACCACCACUUCUGCUCCAACAGAAGCUUCAUAGUAUUUGCACAGCAAACAUGGGCAUAUCUGAUAAUACAACUCACUUUGGCAGCUUUCUUCUCUCUGUAUUAAUGGAAGGAAAGUUAACUUCUCCAGACGCAAAUCUAUAUUAUUUCUCCUUCGAUUGGUAUUGCCCAACUAUCAAUAAAUCAAUUAAUAAAUACCUCUAUUACGAAAGUAGUGAAUCUAUGCAGAUAGAUGAGGAAAUAGUACUGGAAGAUUUGUUAGAAACCUAUCUUCAGAAAGUGCAAGUUCAUGAAAAGUUGAUCGUGGAUAGA